AUGGCAGCUUUUUAUGGAAUUAAAUGGUACCAUAGUAAUAAUGACUUCCAGGAUCCAACGGAGAACGUAGUGGUGAAAUCUAUGCCAGAAUAUGCAAAACGGUUGAACUCUAAACCCACAACGAAAAAGGAUGUAAUUACUACAGAACAUUUAAUAGAGCUUUGUAAUAUGUUUUCAGAAUCUACGGAUGUUAUCGUACUCCGCGAUCUGACAAUGAUUUUGUUAAGUUACGCAGUUUUUUUUUUGCGUUUUGAUGAAGUUAGUGAAUUACGUUGUAGUGAUAUUGAUAUCAAGGACAGAUACAUAUCUUUGUUUAUUAAGAAAAGUAAAACUGACAUAUACAGGGGUGGUAAAGAAGUACUUAUUGCUAGCGGUGAAACGUCGGCUUGUCCAGUUGCUAUGUUGCAAAGAUAUUUACAUUGUUCAAGUAUGCAUUUAAAAUCAGACUUGUAUCUUUUAGACCUGCAUGCAGGUCCGGUCACAAAUGUUUUUUUAAUUGAUAAAGAUAAAAAGCUUAGUUACACUCGAUCAAAAGAAUGUAUUGUGUCUAAGUUAAAGCUAGUUGUGCCUAAUUUGCGUUUAGGAACACAUUCGUUGAGAGCAAGUGGUGCCACCACUGCCGCCAAUGCUGAAGGCGUUUCAGAUAGAUGUCUAAAGCGACACGGUCGCUGGAAGUCUGAUUGGCCAAAGAUGGUUACAUAG